GAUGGCUGACAGCAUCCCGUUAAAUCCGUUACGGAAGAACUCGAGGAGGAUCCCGUAUUACAACUCAGCCAGAAUUUCAAGAGAGGACAAGCCCUUAGAUUCAGAUAUGGAAAUGAAGGAAACUUGUCGCAUUAUCAGAUACUCCCUGGAAGAUGAGCCCUCUAACCUGGACGAGAUGCCUCUGAUGAUGUCGGAGGAAGGCUUUGAGAAUGACGAGAGCGACUACCAGACCCUGCCCCGGGCCCGAGUCAGCCACAGACAGAGGGGCCUUGGCUGGUUCUUGCUGGGGGGGUGGAAGGUCCUCUGUGGCAGCUGUUGCGACUGCCUGGCCCGUGUAUGUCGGAGGAGAAAGGAGCUGAAGGCCAGGACCGUUUGGCUCGGCUGCCCGGAGAAAUGUGAAGAGAAGUACCCCAAAAACGGCAUCAAAAACCAGAAAUACAACAUCUUCACCUUCGUGCCUGGGGUUCUCUACCAGCAGUUCAAGUUCUUCCUCAAUCUCUACUUCCUGGUGGUAGCCUGCUCCCAGUUUGUGCCAUCCCUGAAAAUUGGAUACCUCUACACGUACUGGGCACCGCUGGGUUUUGUGUUAACCGUGACGAUGGUGCGCGAGGCUGUGGACGAAAUGCGGCGCUACCGACGGGACAAAGAGAUGAACUCUCAACUGUAUACCAAGCUCACAGUGCGAGGUAAAAUUCCAGUUAAGAGCUCAGACAUACAAGUUGGGGACAUGAUCAUCGUUGAAAAGAACCAAAGGAUUCCUGCAGACAUGAUAUUCCUGAGAACAUCGGAGAAAAACGGGAUACAAACCGGAGGAACCAGCCAGGGUUGCCUCAACAAAGAGAGUGUGAAGAAUUUGUUAUACAUGACCUCUGCGCACCACCACCGCAGGCUAACAGACUGCCAGCAGCACAGCCCCGGCCUCCGGGGCCAUGAUUCAGGGCCGAGGCUGUGCCGCUGCAUUGCCGGGGCUUCGGUACUGGAGCGUUUAAUGUCGUCCAAAGCUAACAAAGAGCCUGUGUUGCUGCCUGACGCCUUGGUUCUGGGAGACUGGAAGAGGGUGUCUGAUGUAGGAUCGGAGAAGCUCUUUUCCCCCACCACACCCAAAGAGCAGGGAGAGAGGUGUCAAGUUGUGGAUGCAGGGAGGGAGGAGAGGCGUGAUCAGCGACUAGUGACAGAGAGCAGCAUGCAGACCCCGUCCCCCCAGGGCAGGAAGCAGGGAGAGGGCCAUUAA